GUUGUUGGGGCAGAAAUGAGGUUGAGAGCUGCAUCCUUGUUUCUUAAUUGUCCUGACUGUGGUUCACGAGUGCCAACAUAGUCAUUGAGGGAGGAAGAGGACCGUCAUCUUAGCUCCCGCUCCCAGACCCCCUUCUCUCACAAACAAUCCAUAAUAAAUGACGUUUAUUGUGUAGUUAGGGGCUUAUGUAAUGCUGCUUUCUUUAUUCUGGUUUGUAAAAGGAUUUAGUGGGCAGUGAUUACGUGAGAUGCACGUGUGUACAACCUUACAAAAACAUUGACACUUCGCAAACAUUAUCUACUCCCCCUGCUCUUAACAGCACCAACAGCCACUGUAAAUAUUCCAGUAAUCUUCAGACUGUCUCGUGAGUUUUAAACUUCUAUACAGGUCUAAUGUCGAGAUUUGCGUUUCGCCAGCCAAGGUUUCUUGUCAAUACAGGAUUACGUUCAUUAACACUUUCGUUUAGUGCGUCAUAUUUGCUCAUUAGCAAAUUCGGGAAGUGGUGAGAGCGUCGUUUUCAAAUAUUUUUCUCUCUCCUGGUGACGAAAUUGUGAAAUUGGUGUCGUGUAUAUGUCGGGGUGAAGUGCCAAGGUAUACUACCCAGCUGCCUUAUUUAUCUCUCUUUGCACCUCAUCACUUAUUGUACUCGCUGGUUAAGAUAUACAAAUACAACACAGCAAGUAAACAACUUUUUGUAAGUUACAAAAGGGUAGAGCGAGUGGUACGUAAAAAUAGCGAAGUGGUACCUGGAUGUCCCCGUCCAGGUCCCCCUCGCUGGUCUCACUCAAGACCUUGUAACCCAACAAAGUGCACUUUACUCAGCCUACUGAGUGUGUUUGUAACCUGUGGUAGUGUGUUCCUGGUCCACCUCGCUCCCCACUAACCUAAAUAAGUGUAAACUUGGUUAAAAAAGCAAGAAACUAGACAUUAGUGUCCCGUUAUUAAGACGCACCCUGACUCACCAGUCUGAAGGUUACUACGUCUCUCUCAUCUUACAUCUUACAGCAUAUAUAUGGAAAAUAACCCCAGGCCUAAUGCCCCCGGGGUCGCCAGGAACAUACCGUAAAAAAUCGGCAUCAAUGGAGCUGCCGGCGGCGCUGCAGCAGCUGCCUCGUCCACACCGAGGCAGCAUUUCUAGUGAGUCCAAAAUGGCCGAAGAGAAGCCUUGGCCCAAUACAAAGGAGGAUUACGACCUGAGGGAAGUCAUAGGUAUUGGCGCCACUGCUGUUGUACAUUCUGCGCUGUGUAUCCCUCGCAACGAAAAAUGUGCCAUCAAGAGAAUAAACCUAGAAAAAUGGAAUACGAGUAUGGAUGAACUAUUGAAGGAAAUCCAAGCUAUGUCUCUGUGUCACCAUGAGAACGUAGUAACAUACUACACAUCAUUCGUUGUGAAGGAGGAGCUGUGGCUGGUCCUUAAACUACUAGGAGGAGGGUCAUUGUUGGACAUAAUCAAGCACAGAAUGAAAACAAAUGACUGUAAGCACGGGGUGUUUGAUGAAGCAGUCAUCGCAACAGCGUUACGGGAAGUAUUGAAGGGCCUCGAGUACUUCCAUAAUAAUGGACAAAUCCAUAGAGACAUCAAAGCCGGUAAUAUAUUGUUAGGUGAGGACGGUGUUGUACAGAUCGCUGAUUUCGGUGUAAGUGCCUGGCUGUCAACCGGUGGUGAUUUGUCGCGGCAAAAGUCGCGGCAUACCUUUGUUGGCACCCCUUGCUGGAUGGCACCAGAGGUCAUGGAGCAAGUCUCGGGGUAUGAUUUCAAGGCUGAUAUUUGGUCGUUUGGCAUCACUGCGAUAGAGAUGGUAACGGGGACAGCACCCUACCACAAGUACCCACCCAUGAAAGUCCUCAUGCUCACACUACAGAAUGAUCCACCCACUCUGGAAACAGGUGCUGAAGAAAAGGACCAGUACAAGAGCUAUGGUAAAACUAUAAGAAAGAUGAUAACAGACUGCCUGCAGAAAGAUCCCACCAAGCGCCCCACUGCCUCGGAGCUCCUGAAACAUCCAUUUUUCAGAAAAGCCAAGGAUAAGAAGUACUUGCAAUCUGUAUUAUUGCAAGGGGGGCCUUCGAUAGAGGAGAGAGUCGCCAAGGAUGAACCCUUCUUAAGACGGAGGGUGAGUUUAGAUUCCAAUGAGAUGAUUAAUAUGUAAUCAUUCAUUAUUAAGAUGGACCCUUUCCUCGGAACACCCUUAGAUUUCCUCCUUCGGCAGGUGAAACCAUGACUAAAGUAUGAUAUGAAAU